AGGCUGGCUGUCAGCGCUCUUUAGGACCUCAGGGAAACCCGGGACUUUCUGGCUUUAGGACCCAGGAACUCCUAGGCAGCUCUGGCUUCGAUGCCGUGGACCACAGCACCACCUACUUAUAGAAGCAUCCUGAGCCACUGCCGGCUGCAUCUCCGUCGGAAAGUGCGCUGCUCGCCACAUCCCCUCGGCCUCCCCGGGAGCGUGCUGCCUCCCUCGGCUCAGGAAGGGAGGAGAAACCUUAGCCGCGAAGUAGCUGCAGAGAGAGCUCGGGAAGCCGCCCCAUUGCACAGGGACCCGGGGAGGAGUGAGAGCGAGCGGGCGCGCCCCUAGUCGCCCGAGGACCGCACUCACCGGCGGGAACGCGGCACCGGGGGACCCUCCGCGGACUUCGAACCCGCGAACCCCGAGCUGCCAGGCGCUCCCGGCGGCGGGUCCCGGGGGCCAACUUUCCCCCGGCCCACGUGCUAGCGGGGCGACUGGCUCCCGAGCCCGGGAUGGGGCGCCGCGCCUAGGCACCCGCACCGCCCGAGACGGUGAAGGCGGGGAGAUGCUGGCCGCUCGGAACUGACCAGCGCCGUCCCCCCGGCUCCCGGCCACUCUCCCUCCGCGGGCAGCGCCGGCUCCGCGCCUCCGAUGAGCCCUCCAGUUCCCGGACUCUGAGAGGCGCCUCUGCCCCGCCCGGCCGCCCAGAUGCAGUUUCGCCUCUUCUCCUUUGCCCUCAUCAUCCUCAACUGCAUGGAUUACAGCCACUGCCAGGGCAACCGCUGGAGACGCAGCAAGCGAGCUAGUUAUGUAUCAAAUCCCACUUGCAAGGGUUGCUUGUCUUGUUCAAAGGACAAUGGGUGCAGCCGAUGUCAACAGAAGUUGUUCUUCUUUCUUCGAAGAGAAGGCAUGCGCCAGUAUGGAGAGUGCCUGCAUUCCUGCCCAUCAGGCUACUACGGACACCGAGCCCCAGAUAUGAACAGAUGUGCACGAUGCAGAAUAGAAAACUGUGAUUCUUGCUUUAGCAAAGACUUUUGUACCAAGUGCAAAGCAGGCUUUUAUUUACAUAGAGGCCGUUGCUUUGAUGAAUGCCCAGAUGGUUUUGCACCAUUAGAUGAAACCAUGGAAUGUGUGGAAGGAUGUGAAGUUGGUCAUUGGAGUGAAUGGGGAACUUGCAGCAGAAAUAAUCGCACAUGUGGAUUUAAAUGGGGUCUGGAAACCAGAACACGGCAAAUUGUUAAAAAGCCAGCAAAGGAUACAAUACCAUGUCCAACCAUCGCCGAAUCCAGGAGAUGUAAGAUGGCCAUGAGGCACUGUCCCGGAGGGAAGAGAGGGCCAAAGGCGAAGGAGAAGAAGAACAAGAAGAAGAAGAGGAAGCUGACAGAGAGAGCCCAGGAGCAGCACAGCGUCUUCCUUGCUACAGACAGGGCCAACCAGUAAAAUAAGAGACACAUCGGGUGGAUUUUUUUUUUUUUUUUUUGCAAAAGUGCACAAAGCUACUCUCCAUUCCCCGACACUGGUGCACGGUGUUUGUGCUGCUCUGACCGCUAUCCAUUCCCAGUGACAUUGUGAAAGGAGGAGCCUUGCUGGCCUCUGUUAUUUAUGCUUUGAUUUGCAGCCGGAGACUGUGAAGGUGGGAGCUUGUGACCUGAAUCGGAGGAAGUGGGAGUGAGUGUAUAGCAUGGGACUGGGCUCGGUGUGCAACACCGCCCAACGUGAGGCUGCAGACCUCCACUGGAGAGCGGACUUGUGCAUAUUUAUGGGAAGGAAGAUGUUUAACAAGCAAAGUGCUAUUUCACUUGUGCCCUCCAUUUCUCACAUUGUGCACUGUCAAGAAUACAUGUAUGUGGAUAUCUGCUUAAUGUUACAUGUUCCCGGCAUCUGUUCCCUUCAAACUGUUGUGGGAUGGAACUGUUCUUAGCUGGGGAUAUGCUACAGGAAUUCCUGCGCAGUCUCACAGCGGCUCUGAUAUGUACAUAUUCCGCUGGGGCUAUGCAUAAACCUCUUACUGUAUAUUUAUGCUCUCUUAUGCGUAACAAGUCAUACCUGAUUAAUAGAUGUCACUUUGUUUUUUAGUGGUUCCUAACUGUUGUCCAGUAAAUGGCUGUUCUAGUUUUGAGAAUUGACAAGUGUUUUGUUGCCCCUUGAACUUUACCUUUUCUUUUCUUUGUGGGCUUAUUUCUCACUGUAAGGAGAGGAUGAGCUAGUUUGGACAUAGGGUCAAAUGACCGAUGUCAAAGAAUGUAUCUCCUCACAAGAUAAAGCAGCAUCUGGCAGUCAGAAACCUGAAGUCCCUUUCAGUCUACGAUGGAAUGACAUCAUGAAACACACCUGAAACGUGAGGAAUUACAUGCAGCCAUUCCUAAUACUUGUCAUACAACUUUACAAGCUAGCAAGAGAACUUCCAAACUUCAGUAAGUGUAUAUGCAUCAUUUAAAGCAGUCCCUGACUUAGUGACAGGGCGCCUUCCAGUAUUCUUGGGUCACUGUAGGAGCUACCAUCAUAAGACUAUGCUUUGGAUCUGAGGAGAAAUCAAGAUGAAUUCCUAUAACUGUUGGUCAGAUCUUAACAGGUCCUCUUGGAGCCAGAAUGUAUUUUAUGGCUGAGAUGGGGAGGAAUGGCGUGGGAGCUCCUAGGGGAUGGUUUCAGAGUUGUGGUUUCGAAAACAUCCUUGUCCCCUUGCAGGGAACCAGCUCUUAAAGGAUUUUGAAUUGGCUACUUCUAAAAGCAUCAUUAUCUUCCUGGAUGAUCCAAAAGAAAUGGUUGCAGAUUUUUUGAGGAAAAAGCAAAGCAAGGUAAAAGCCUUUCUCUCACCUUGCAUUGGCAAAACUACCUCUUUAGCAUUUUUUGGUUAACUUUCGAGUCAAAAGCAUCUUACCAAUAAGUAUAAAUGUCAUAUACAUCAUUAUGAAAAUAUUGUUAUGAGAUAAGCCAUAUAUGAAUGUUGUAUUCGACUUUAGGGUUUGCAUUUAAUCCUGAAGUGUUCACCUCCUUUCCUAUCUAUGUACACUAUAUUCCUAUUGCUAAGCAGGGAGGGGGAUCUUGUAUAGUGCUUCAUUGUUAAUAAGUCAAAACCUGUUCUAUUUCUGGGAUAUUCUUUUCAUGCAUUAAAAAACUUCCAAAGUA